UGUUUCUCGUAAAGGUCACUUCUACGCUGCAGCUGCCGGGCGUGGUGGGAUGCCUCGCCUGUGCCCCACGAGAAUGACACAGCAAGAGAGGGACCCAGCCUUUGUUUUUUGAAUGAGGUGCUGAAUUCCCUGCAAAACCGCCUGCGUCUCUCGAGGCUUCUCUCUGUGGACCAGGGAGGCAUCUGGAACCUGAAAUCCGGAGAUUUUCCACAGCCACAAGGGCCGGGACCACACGCGGCACCGUGUGUCUGAAAUCUUCCAAGAUUGCACAUCUGGGAAUUGCUCUGGGCUGGCCCAACCAGGUUGGGAGAAUUUGCAACACAGGCCUUGACCGCCGGUGCAAAAAAGCAGAACCGUAGUAGAAGAGUAGCGAAGGGGCAGUUAGAGGGGGGGCGUUUUCUUGCCAAGUGACCCCAGAGGUUUGGAACUCUCGACAUUGACUCAGUGACGAACGAGCGCAGAGGAUUAACGGGAGCGAGUCUUUCUCUGCCGUUACGUUUGGUAAUGAAAUCAAAAUGAAGAUUCACCAAGUUGCAACUAGCAACUAGCAGGGAAGGAUUCCGGAGGAUGCAAGCCACCGGCAGAAGGAAGUGUGCUCCGGAAAUAGAGGACACCUCUGAUGUCUUGGCACUGUCUCUGGAGGCGGCAGAAAUCAAGACGACAAAGUGACCAUCCUCCCUGUGCAGGAAUAUUUGCUGUCUCGCCUUAUGUGCGUGCCUCCAUUAGCACGGCCGGCAGAGUAUGAAAAUCAGGGUGUGGAUGGGCAGGAGAAAACAGGGGGGCGGGCAGAAACCCCCAGCCGGGAGGAAUAUAUCUGAAUAAGUCCAGUGUGCAGAGAUUUGUGGACAUAAUUUUAUCCCACGAGAUAAUCCCGGGAGCUGCUUUUGGGAGGGGGUAGCACGUCCUAGCAGUAGGCCAGCCUGUGUCACAUACCCAGCAGGAAAUUAAGUCCUUUCUGCAGCUUCCAACCAUGCCUACCUCCAAACCGGGAGUGGAGUACUGGAUUGAUGGGUCCCGUCGCAACACAGCCCUGGAGGACUUCUACACUAUGGGCCCGGAACUGGGAAGGGGCGCCACGUCCGUGGUAUACAGCUGCGAAGAGAGAGGAACCCGCAGGCCGUACGCUGCCAAACUCCUGAAGAAGACGAUUGACAAAAAGAUCGUACGGACUGAAAUCGGUGUCUUGCUGCGGCUUUCACACCCCAACAUCAUCAAACUGAAGGAGAUCUUCGAAACGCCCUCGGAGAUUGCGCUCAUCCUUGAACUAGUGACGGGAGGAGAGCUCUUUGACAGGAUUGUCGAGAGGGGAUUCUACAGUGAAAGAGACGCAGCCCAUGUGGUCAAGCAGAUCCUAGAAGCGGUGUCAUAUUUGCAUGAAAACGGAGUGGUCCACCGGGACCUGAAGCCAGAGAAUCUCCUCUAUGCAGACCUGUCCCCGGACGCCCCUCUCAAAAUCGGCGAUUUUGGGUUGUCCAAGAUCGUGGAUGAGCAGGACACCAUGAAGACGGUGUGUGGGACGCCGGGGUAUUGCGCGCCUGAAGUUCUCCAUGGCUGUCCAUAUGGCCCCGAGGUGGAUAUGUGGUCCGUGGGAGUCAUAACGUAUAUACUGCUGUGUGGAUUUGAACCAUUUUUCGAUCCAAGAGGGGACCAGUACAUGUACAGCAGGAUACUGAACUGUGACUACGAGUUUGUUUCCCCAUGGUGGGAUGAAGUUUCCCUCAAUGCCAAGGACUUGGUUCAAAAACUAAUUGUCUUGGACCCCCAGAAGAGGCUAACAGUGCAGCAAGCCCUAGAACACCCGUGGGUCACGGGCAAAGCAGCUAAAUUUGCUCAUAUGGAUAGCACGCAGAAGAAAAUGCAGGAGUUUAAUGCCCGGCGGAAACUGAAGGCUGCCAUGAAAGCGGUCGUUGCUUCUAGCCGUCUCGGUAACCACGGGCAUCACGACGGCGCCAGAAACGGACGUGCCCACGAAGGUGCCAAAGAACUGUGCUCGGCCCAGGCAGCUGAGAACUCCCACCUUCAAGACAACCCUGACAGGUCUUCUGCGGCCAACUGCCAGGAAUCCAGCGCAACAGCUCCCUCAGCAAAAGCGGAGAACUUGGAAGCUUUCCAAAGUGGCUUCGCUGCGGCUCCCAAGGGGGCGCUCAAUGGGACCAGCUGUGAAAGUUAAUGCUAUCACUGUGGCUGCUGGCUCUGAACGAAACGAUCUCCCACCGACUCUUGGCCGCAGCCACGUGGGGGGAGGAGGCAAAGGAAGACACUGCAGUGGGAGAAGCAUCUGAGAAACGGUUGGACAUGGGGCCUGGUCUAGGUGUGCUUUGGGAAGCAGGCAGUCUGUUGUGUGACGCAUCCUUGUUUAAUGUCCUUCCUCCAGUACAAUUGCAACUGGUGGCGGGGCGGGUGUGUGUCUGUAUGGACCAACCUAGCAAACCAAAGCAGGCAAGUUGGACUUCCAGCAAACUGGCCACCUGGUCUAUUGCACAGGAAGGAAAAGCAAACAGCCACUGCAGGCAUUUUUAUCUUCCCUGCAGAAGAAAUCUUAUUAAGUUCAUGACUUAUUUUGUAAUGCAAUGUAAAUACCCCUCUGAGGUGUUUUUAAGGUGGGAACACAGUGAAUCUAGUAUCUCUAUAACUGUUCAUCUUCAAGGCCAACGGCAGGAUAGUUUAGGUAGGGUUGAUAGACACAUGAAGACCUCGACAAUUGACGCCAUGCAAAGAAAUAGUGCUUGCCCUGUUUGAUUUGUGCUUCAAUUACACACCGGUUCAGCCUUGUGCUGCGGACAACAAUGCAGAUCACCUGGUUCUUAAUAUCAGAGGCCACUAGCUCAGCAACUUUUGCAUUUGCUUUCCAAGUCACAAGUUGCACAAUUCCAAUUCUAAUGAUGACCAAUGAAAAUCUGUCUUCUGAGUAUCCUAACCCUGUGUGACAUGUAAGAAGCGCUGCUGUUUCUGGGCAUGUUGGACUGUCAUUGUGCAGCAUAAUGUCAUUUCAGAGUUCUCUUAAGGCAGAGGUGUCCAAACUUUUUUCAAAGAGGGCCAGAUUUGAUGAAGUGAACAUGCGUGAGGGCCGACCAUUUUGCCUGACAUUCUUUGAACCAUUAAAAUUAAA